AUGUCGUGCUGGAGGGCUGAUCCCACCGCCGGACUGACCCUAACAGGGCUGCGAAGGAAGCCUUCUUCUGCUUCACAGUUGGUUGCUUUCUGCUCUGUGUGAAGAAGACACUUGACCAGCCUGUGCUGCCUACUAGAUCUCCUGUAGCCCAGAGGUGAUGGUGUCAUCCUGAUUUGUUCCUCAUGUGACCUGGGAGUCCCUAAAUCCCAAACCAUAUAGCUUUGGAAAACCCUGGAAAUACCUGGAAUUCUAGGAGUAUACCACCAAAACUUCUUAAGGUGCCCAGGCACCGGAUCAAUAGCUUUACAUUCUCUUUUAUUAUUUUUUGUGUAUACAAAGAAAGAGACAAAAGUCUAAACGUUAGCAAUAGCCGCUGGCCAUCCACCAUUGCUUCUACGAACCUGCUGUGACCAAGAGGGCGUGACCUUUCUGCCUGCUGGCUUCAAACAGACACUUGAAAAGGAAACGCAGUCAGAGAGGCUUCUGUGUGGUGGCAACUCAGACCAAAAACCCCAUCAGGCCUGGAUGCGAUGAACGCCUCAUGUAGGCAUCAGCAUGGACAGCUGUGAGUCUCCCGUGGUUUCUGGGACAGACGAUGGGCUCAGCUCCUCCCAGCAGCAGCAACUACCACAGCCUUGGACCGAUCACUCUAGCUCACAGGUUCCUUGCACUAACAAGGCCAAAUCUCUAGACUCCCUGUCUCUCUCUGCUCCCUAUCCUUCUCAGUCCCAAAUCCCCAGUGCACCUCAUGACGAGGUGAGAGAGCUACAGUCCCAGCAGCAGCAGCUAAAGCAGACAUCACCCCAGGCCCACUGUGAUAGCUCUGCCACAGGCCAGCUGCAUCCCAAAAGAGAGGGUCUUGAGGAAGAAGAGAAAGAGGGAGUGAGCUGUGGAGAAGAGGAAGAAUCUGAGGACUUAGAUGAAAUGGAGAUUGACAGCUGUUUCCCAAGUCUUCAACCUUUUCCUGGGAUGCCGAUGGCUGCAGGGGGAGGGGCCAUGCCCACUCUUUUGCGUCAUCAGCCCAUACGACAACAGGGAGCACCUGAAAGUGGGAGUGAGGAAGGGGACGAAGAAGAGGAAGAUGAUAGCAGUGAUGUGGAGAACCUGGCUGGAGAGAUAGUCUACCAGCCAGAUGGCUCGGCCUACAUUGUUGAGAGCCUCAGUCAGUUGAUCCAAAGUGGUGGGGGCAUGGUACCUGGCCUGCUCCCUACAAACUCUAUCACCAGUGGGGGAAAACCGGGGGAACCUGCUGGGACUUCAUCUUCGGUCUAUCCUCAGAUCAUCAACACGUUCCACAUAGCCUCAUCCUUUGGGAAGUGGUUUGGCAAUUCAGACCAAGGUUUCCCCAAUACCUCAACCAUGGCAGGCUUGAGCCCUGUCCUGCACAGUUUCCGUGUUUUUGAUGUGCGGCACAAAAGCAACAAGGAUUACCUGAACAGCGAUGGGUCUGCCAAGAAGUCCUGUGUAUCCAAAGAUGUUCCCAACAACGUGGAUUUCUCCAAAUUUGAUGGGCUAGCCCUAUAUGGCAAGGGUAAACCCAUUCUCAUGUGUUUUCUCUGCAAGCUGUCCUUUGGCUAUGCGCGUUCCUUUGCCACUCAUGCCGUCCAUGAUCACCGCAUGACACUGUGUGAGGACGAGAGGCGGCUGCUAGGGGACAAGCAUGCAUCUGCCAUUAUCCAGGGUAUUGGGAAGGACAAAGAGCCCCUCAUCAGUUUCCUGGAACCAAAAAAUAAGAGCACUCCUCUGCCACCUACCCUGCUCCCCAUUAACUCUGGCCAGAGCUUCUAUGGCACAUUUAGUGGUGUCCAUCUGGAGCCUGGAAGCAGCAGCGGGGGCAGCGAGACCCUCCUGAACAAAGACUCUGACUCUGGCCUCCAGCAACAGCAGCAACAAACCCCUCUACGCUCAGUCCUCUCUCUUGGAGGGCUGAGCAUUCCCAAAGCAUCCACUCUUACCUCAUCCCCAGGCUCUGCCAAAGACUCCAGUGCCCUGCCCAAACAGGGAGGGAGAACAGAGGAGCCUGCUGGGAAAGAGCUGGCAUGCAAGGGAGAGGAUGGGGACACUCGAGAACAUGAAAACAAGAUUCACCUAUCCAGCCAAAUGGGGGGCUCGGAAGAAGAAGAGGAACUGUUAUUAGGGGAGGAGGAAGAUGAGGUAGAGGCAGAAAGCACUGUAGUGUCCUGUGGUGGUAACAGUAGCAGCGGCGAGGGUGAAGCGGGGGAACCAGCUGUCUCAAACCAAAGCAUUUCCAAAUCUACUUUAUUAAUGCCUAGUAGCGCUCUCCAGCCUUCUGCCUGCACCUCUGCAGUCAGUUCCACACUCAACAGCAAAGCCCCUGCUUCCACUUCCUCCUCUGUCAAGGAAGGGGGUUCAGCUGCAGAUGGUGGGGGGAGAACCUCAGAGCUCCCUCUGAGCUUUAACUGCCAGGGGCCCACUGCUCCCAUGGCAAUGGCGGCAGCUGCCAUCAGAAGGAACGAGGAUGACACUGCUGGCACAUCCUCCUCACCUCUGUCCUCCAGUGCUGCUGCAGAUGAAAGUGCCAAUCGAGAUAGUGCCACAGCUCCAGAACCAAAUGAUUGCUCAGCAGAGGGAGAGGAGGAAAACGGAGCCCUUCUGCACCAUCACCACAUGCAUCACCAUCAUCAUCACCUCCACCCUUCAUCUCAUGGCCACUCCCACCCUCUCCCAGGGGGCUCUUGUGACAUAACAGGGAUGGGUGAGUGUUCACAGAACCAUGGGGCUGGUGGCAGUGGAGGAAGUGGGGUAGAAUGCCCUAAAUGUGACACAGUUUUGGGUUCCUCACGCUCCUUGGGUGGUCACAUGACCAUGAUGCAUUCACGCAACUCGUGCAAAACACUGAAGUGUCCCAAAUGCAACUGGCAUUACAAGUACCAGCAGACAUUAGAAGCCCAUAUGAAAGAGAAGCACCCAGACUCUGGAGGCUCAUGUGUAUACUGCAGCAGUGGUCAAACCCACCCUCGUCUGGCGCGUGGCGAAAGCUAUACCUGUGGAUACAAGCCCUUUCGGUGUGAGGUGUGUAACUACUCCACCACCACAAAGGGCAACCUAAGCAUCCACAUGCAGUCAGACAAGCAUCUGAACAACAUGCAGACACUACAGAAUGGAGGUUCUAUUGCUUCUGCACAGGAACAAGUGUUUGGGCACACCCCAGGGGGGGUGGUGGCUGUCCCCUCAGUGACCCAGGCCAGUAGCCAUCAUCCUUCCCAUCACCAUCCUACGCAGUCCUCCACCCAUAUGGCCGGACCGUGUGGGACCCCCUCCCCAACCAAACCGAAGAGCAAACCUACUUGGCGGUGUGAGGUAUGUGAUUAUGAGACCAAUGUGGCACGGAACCUGCGCAUCCACAUGACCAGCGAGAAGCACAUGCACAACAUGAUGCUACUCCAGCAGAAUGUGACCCAGAUGCAGCAUGGCCGACUUGGUUUGGGAGCCAUGCCUUCACCCUCUGAGGCUGAGCUCUACCAGUAUUAUCUGACCCAGAAUAUGAGCCUUCCACCAGGCCUCAAGAUAGACCCAACUGGAGCUGAGGCGCAGUUCCUGAUGGGGAGCUUUCACCUGGAUCCCAACAUGGCCACUCUAGCCCCUGCACUUGUAGGUGGAGAGAUCCCUAUGGACGUGCGGCUGGGCAGUGGGCAGUUGGUGUCUGAAGAAUUGAUGACCCUGGGAGAAAGUCUGUCCCAAACCAGCGAUCCCUCCCUCAAGCUCUUUCAGUGCGCUGUGUGCAACCGCUUCACCACUGACAACCUGGAUGUGCUUGGCAUGCAUAUGGGAGCUGAACGCAGCUUACCAGAGGAGGAAUGGCGUGCCGUGGUGGGUGACUCUCACCAGUGCAAGUUGUGCCACUACACCACUCAGCUCAAGGCCAACUUCCAGCUGCACUGCAAGACAGACAAGCAUGUGCAAAAGUACCAGCUUGUAGCCCACAUCAAAGAAGGUGGCAAAGGCAAUGAAUGGCGCCUGAAAUGUGUGGCUAUAGGCAAUCCAGUGCACCUGAAGUGCAAUGCCUGCGACUACUACACCAACAGCCUGGAGAAGCUGAGGAUGCACACUGUCAAUUCCCGCCAUGAGGCUAGUCUCAAACUCUACAAGCACCUGCAGCAGCAUGAAAACGCUGUGGAGGGUGAUGCCUGCUACUACCACUGUGUGCUGUGUAACUACUCGACCAAGGCCAAGCUCAAUCUGAUCCAGCAUGUGCGCUCCAUGAAGCACCAGCGCAGUGAGAGCCUCAGGAAGCUUCAGCGCUUACAGAAGGGCCUGCCAGAGGAGGACGAGGACCUCAGCUCCAUCUUCACCAUUCGUAAAUGCCCUUCCUCAGAUACAGGAGAGCUGAGCGAGGAUGUGGAGGCUGCUAGUGAGACUACCACAGACCAGGAGGACCAAACCAAAGACAGAGAAAGUGGGGGGGAGAAGGAGCUCACCAAAGGGACAGUAGGUGGAGUGAAGCACUAUCACGAUGGCAACAGCCAGACUUCAGCAUUAAAACCACUCUUCAGAAAACCAACAGGUUCAGCAUUGUCCAGCCACUUGGAACAGCACCAGUCAGAUUCCCCAAUCCCCUCCAAAAGGCCCUCUUCGCAGUCAGAGACCUCAGAGAAUCCAUUCUCCUCGAAGCGCCCCAGGACAGCGGAGAAGAGCGCUGCGGAGCAGAUGUACCAGUGCCCCUACUGCAAGUUCACCAACACGGACCUGAAUCGCCUCAGAAUGCACGUGAUGACGCAGCACUCUGUCCAGCCCAUGUUACGCUGCCCGUUGUGCCAGGACAUGCUCAACAACAAGAUCCACCUGCAGUUUCACCUCACGCACCUCCACAGCGUGGCACCUGACUGCGUUGAUAAGCUAAUUGCCACAGUGACAGCAACUGAAGUAUUGCCAGCAAGCAUGUUCAUACCUGUGCCUAGUCCAGACAGAGAGUCCCAGAGCACCCCACAUGCCACAACCAACUCUAACUCUGAAGAUACAAAGAAGCACGCUGAUGCACCAGAACCUGAUCAAGAGAAGGGGGUGUCACUGGCUUUAGAAAUGACUGAAGCUCGCAAGUCCCCUCUGGAAGAUCAACAAUCAGAGAGGGAUGAUGCCACAGGAUUUCUUUGCUGGAAGAAAGGCUGUAAUCAGGUGUUCAAGUCCUCAAACUCCCUCCAGAUGCACUUCAGUGAAGUUCACAAUAAAAGGCCCCAGCUGCCUGUUUCAGAUCGCCAUGUCUACAAGUACCGCUGUAACCAAUGCAGCCUAGCCUUCAAAACUGUAGAGAAACUACAGCUCCAUUCACAGUACCACGUGAUCAGGGCAGCCACCAUGUGCUGCCUCUGCCAGCGAAGCUUCAGAACACUGCAGGCCUUGAAGAAACACUUAGAAACCAGUCACCUGGAGCUGAGUGAAGCUGAUCUCCAGCAGCUUUAUGGGGGCUUAUUGAUGAAUGGUGACAUUAUGGUAAUGGGUGAUCCAUCUCUUGGUGAGGAGCACGCAGGUCUGGGUGAAGAUGACAAAGAAGGAGAUGAAAGUGACCCAGAAGAAAAACAAAGCCCAACAGGUAGUGACUCUGGUUCAUUGCAGGAAGAUUCUGGAUCUGAACCUAAACGUGCUUUGCCAUUCAGAAAAGGCCCAAACUUUACCAUGGAGAAGUUUUUGGAUCCAUCUCGUCCCUUCAAGUGCACUGUAUGCAAAGAGUCUUUUACACAGAAGAACAUUCUGUUGGUCCAUUAUAACUCUGUCUCCCACCUACACAAGGUGAAGAGGGCUCUUCAGGAAUCCACUACUGGUCAGCCUGAGCCUACCAGCAGCCCUGACAACAAGCCAUUCAAAUGCAGCACUUGUAAUGUGGCAUAUAGUCAGAGUUCUACUCUGGAGAUCCACAUGCGCUCUGUUCUACACCAGACCAAAGCUAGGGCAGCCAAACUUGAAGCAGCAGGUGGAAUCACUAGCUCUACAAGUGCUCCUGGUUUAAGUGGUGGAGGGUCCAGCAUAAGCACUUCAACAUCUAGCCCGAGCCCGGCCAGCAAUUCAACUACUAGUUCAACCAACCACAGUUCUUCUGGUUCUCAAAUGUCUCAGAGUCUUCCUGGAGGAAACCACAUGAGUCAAACUCAUAGUAUUGAAAGCCUUGGGAAUUCUUCAGUGAGCUGCCAUUCUUCACCAUCUGAGAACCAUGAAGUGAAAAAGACUAAAUUUACAGACAUGCUAUCUGCUAGGGGGCAACAGCAACAGCUUCAACAACAACAGCAACAAUUGGCUCAGGCUCAAGCCCAAGCUCAAGCUCAGCUUCAGCAAGAGCUCCAGCAGCAGGCUGCUCUUUUACAAUCACAGCUAUUCAACCCAGCACUUCUGCAGCACUUCCCCAUGACAACUGAUGCACUUCUUCCUCUACAACAGCAGCAGUUGCUAUUCCCUUUCUACAUCCCUGGAGCAGAAUUUCAGCUGAACCCAGAGAUCAACAUCAGUAACUCAGCACUUGGAUUAGCAGGAUCCUCCACCUCCUCACUGCUAGAGGAUUUAAAAAACUCAGCCCAGCAGAGUUGCUUGCAGCAGCAAUUGAUGCACCACCACCUUCAGCAGCAACAUCAUCAACAGCAGCAGCAGCAGCAACAACAGCAGCAGCAACAGCAGCAGCAGCAGCAACCACAACAGCAGCAGUCCCACUUACAGGCUCAGGGGCAGAUGGCACUGCUGCAGCAGAGUGCAUCUCUCCUCCAACAGGCUGAAAAGAAGCCGAAACCUUCCUCCUCUCAGAAUGAGAAAGACAAAGAAAUACAAAGAGAGAAGGAGACAAUUGAAAAAAAUGAGGAAUAUGCUAAAGAUUCUACAGACAGCAAGUCAAAAGAAAAGAAGGACAUUCAGCAUAUUUCAAUAAACAUAAACCAUGAUACUGGCUUGCCUCCACCAAGGAUUGCUUCAGACGCUCGGGGAAAUGCAACUAAAGCCCUGCUGGAAAAUUUUGGGUUUGAGUUAGUAAUUCAGUACAAUGAAAAUAAACAGAAAGCUCAGAAAAGGACAGCUGGACCUACAGGAUCAAGUGGCCCAGGUGGGAUAACAAGAGUGGUGGACCCCAUUGAGGGAUUAGAGAAACUGGAAUGUGAAGCCUGUGGCAAGCUGUUUUCAAACAUACUGAUUCUAAAGAGUCACCAGGAGCAUAUCCACCAGGCUUUCUUUCCAUUUCGAUCCCUUGAGAGGUUUGCCAAGGAAUACAGAGAGCAUUAUGAUAAACUGUAUCCACUGAGACCCCCUACACCAGAGGCUGCCCCAGCUCCUCCACCACCUCCUCCUCCACCUCCACCUCCUCCACAAAGAGCUCCCACACCAAAUAUUCCCAUCUCUGCUGCUUCACUGACACCUACAACUGUACCUCCCCCACAGCCACCGGUUCCAAUGGCACAAAUUCCCAUGCCAAUAGAUUUGCCCCUCUUCUCUCCACUCAUGAUGCAGCCUAUGUCACUCCAGUCCUUGCCCACUCAGUUGCCUCCCCAGUUGCCAUCUGUUGAGCCAAGCUUGGCCUCAGAUCUAGCCCAGCUCUAUCAGCAACAGCUUACACCAGCCAUGCUACAGCAGCAGCAGAACAAGAGGCCGCGUACACGCAUCACAGAUGACCAGCUUAGGGUCCUGCGUCAGUACUUUGAUAUCAACAAUUCACCAAGCGAGGAGCAGAUUAAAGAGAUGGCAGACAAAUCAGGGCUGCCACAAAAAGUUAUAAAACACUGGUUCAGAAACACCCUUUUUAAAGAGAGACAGCGAAACAAAGACUCACCAUACAAUUUCAAUAAUCCACCAAUAACAACUCUAGAAGAAACAAAAAUUGACUCAAAACCUCCAUCCCCUGAACUUCCGAAACAAGAAUUUUAUGGAAGUAAGAGAUCAUCCAGGACUAGGUUUACUGACUACCAGCUAAGAGUGCUACAAGACUUCUUUGAUGCCAAUGCUUAUCCUAAAGAUGAUGAAUUUGAACAGCUCUCCAACCUUCUGAGCCUCCCCACUCGUGUUAUUGUUGUGUGGUUCCAAAAUGCUCGCCAAAAGGCAAGGAAGAAUUAUGAAAACCAGGGUGAUGGGGGUAAAGAUGGGGAAAGACGAGAACUGUCAAAUGAUCGCUAUAUCCGCACCUCAAACCUGAACUACCAGUGCAAGAAAUGCAGUCUGGUUUUCCAGCGCAUAUUUGAUCUAAUUAAACACCAAAAGAAGCUGUGUUACAAAGAUGAAGAUGAGGAUGGACAAUAUGACAGCCAAAAUGAAGAUUCACUGGAUCUUACCCAUGAAUGUUAUACUCCCUCUGGGUCUUCUUGUCACACCCCAAUGCCCUCUUCUUCAAGUCUCUGUCCACUCCCACCCUCCACUUCAGCAUUCUCACAUCUCCCAUCUACUGAAAAAGAGGAGGCAUCACCAGCAUCCACCUCAAACCUCUAUGAUGAGAAGCCCAAGCAGUUACCAGAAAUUUCUGCUGAUCCACGAGAAAACCAAACCUCUAUUAAGCAGGAAAUUGUGCAUCAAUCUCAGUCUGAAGCACAACACCACAGACCUCAGAGAGAAGAGAAGAUUCAGACUAUUUCCAAGCCCAUCAAACAUUCAUCUCCCUCCUUCUCUCAGCAACAACAGCAGUGUGGUCCCUCAGCCUCUCAGACGAGCCAGGCCUCAUCACAAAGUUCUCACAUGAGUCUCAAUCCACACCUGACCUCUGCCACACAACAACUGGCACAACAAAUGAUCCCAUACCAGUGUGAACAGUGCAAGAUUGGCUUCCCCUCCUUUGAGCACUGGCAGGAACACCAGCAAUUACAUUUUCUUUCUGUGCAAAAUCAAUUCAUCCAUCCUCAGUUUCUUGACCGUCCAAUUGACAUGCCUUUUAUGCUAUUUGAUCCUAGCAAUCCUCUCCUGGCAAGUCAGCUACUCUCUGGGGCGAUGCCGCAGAUUCCCAGCAGUUCUGCUACCUCUCCGUCCACCCCCACCUCCACAAUGAACUCCUUGAAGAGGAAGUUAGAGGAGAAAGCUGGCACUAGCCCAGGAGAAAACGAUAGCACAAACAGCGGAGAAGAGCCACAGAGAGACAAGCGGCUCAGAACCACCAUCACACCUGAGCAGCUAGAGAUCCUUUAUCAAAAAUAUUUAUUAGAUUCAAAUCCUACACGUAAAAUGCUUGACCACAUUGCUCAUGAAGUGGGAUUAAAAAAGAGAGUAGUGCAAGUGUGGUUCCAGAAUACCAGAGCUAGAGAAAGAAAAGGCCAGUUUAGAGCAGUAGGGCCAGCUCAAGCUCAUCGUAGGUGUCCUUUUUGUCGAGCUCUUUUUAAAGCAAAAACUGCCCUUGAGGCUCACAUUCGCUCUCGCCACUGGCAUGAAGCCAAACGUGCUGGAUAUAAUUUAACUCUCACUGGUAUGUUACCUGAACAGGAGGGCAUGCAAAUAAAAAUGGAUACUUUAGAAUCAUCAGGUUACUCCCAACUGGCCCCUACAAAUAGCGAUGGACAAAGCUCAUCAAUGUCUCCAGUGAACAAAAGCAUGGAUUUGUCUCCCAGGGCUUUACUGAGCCCUUCAUCCAUUAAAGUUGAGGGAAUGGAAGACUUUGAGAGUGCAGCCAUGUCUGCUGUGAACCUCAGCUUUGAUCAGAGCAAACUGGAUAAUGAUGACUGCUCUUCUGUGAAUACAGCCAUCACUGACACAACCACAGGUGAUGAGGCCAAUGCUGAUAAUGACAGUGCUGAUGCAAAGCACAGCCAAAAUAGUAGUGAAUACUUGUCUAAGUCCGGGGGCACAGCCCCUAUGCUCGAAACUGAUGAUCAGAUGUCCUCAGGGCUUGUAAGCCCUGCAACAAGUUAUUAUGCCAAGGACUAUGAAAAUGAAAAUAUGAUUGACCACAGUGAGACGUCCAGCCUGGCUGACCCCUGUUCACCAAGUCCUGGAGCUUCAGGUAGUAGGAGUAUCGACAGCGGAGAUCGACCUGGCCAAAAGCGCUUCCGAACCCAGAUGACUAACCUUCAGCUGAAGGUGUUGAAAUCCUGUUUUAAUGACUACAGGACUCCCACUAUGCUGGAAUGUGAGGUACUUGGCAAUGAAAUUGGACUUCCAAAGAGAGUGGUUCAGGUGUGGUUUCAAAAUGCCCGUGCCAAGGAGAAAAAGGCAAAGCUUAACAUGGCCAAGCACUUUGGUAUAAAUCAGACGUCCUAUGAGGGGCCGAAGACUGAAUGCACUUUGUGUGGUGUCAAGUACAGUGCUCGUCUCUCUGUUCGUGAUCACAUUUUCUCUCAACAACAUAUUUCUAAGGUGAAGGAUACCAUUGGCAGCCAGAUCGAUAAGGAAAAAGAGUACUUUGACCCAGCCACUGUCCGCCAACUCAUGGCCCAGCAAGAGAUGGACAGGAUUAAGAAGGCCAAUGAAGUGUUAGGACUGGCACAGCAGCAGGCCAUGCAGCAGCAGGGGAUGUUUGAUAACCCAGCAAUGCAGGCUCUGAAUCUCCAGUCGGCCUAUCCAAAUUUGCAAGGGAUCCCACCUGUCCUUUUGCCAGGGGUUGGCAGCCCCUCUCUGUCGAGCUUUAACUCAUCUAAUUCAGCUUUAACUCCUCCAAAACCUUCAAACCUCCUGAACAUGCCUGGUGCCAGUGUUCCCUCACCUAGCCUACCCACAUCUGGAUUGCCCAACAAGCUUCCCACCUCAUCGUCUCUUGCUGCGUCCAGUCCAGCCCAGACCAACACGUCUGCUUCCCACUCAAGCCCCACCUCCACAUCCAACUCACUUUCCUCAUCCACCCUGCCCAGCUCCCGACCUGAACCCCCUAAAGAGCGUGAUACUGAGAGGUUUAGAGAGAAGGAGAAGCACAAGGAAAAGACAGAGAAGCCCUCAACCCCAUCAUCAACUGGAAGCACUCCUGCUCCCUCCACUUCUGCUGCCAGUGCCAAGAAGGAUAAACCAGACACGGCUGUACCAGCCACCUCUAUGCCCACACCUGGUAUGGAGUAUGUGGUAGACCCUGCUCAGCUUCAGGCCCUGCAGGCCGCUUUGGCAUCAGACCCCACAGCUCUCCUCACAAACCAGUUCCUGCCCUAUUUCAUGCCUGGCUUUUCCCCGUAUUACACCCCACAGAUCCCUGGGGCUCUCCAAGGCGGCUACCUACAGCCAAUGUAUGGUAUGGAAAGUCUCUUCCCUUACAACCCAGCAUUGUCCCAAGCACUGAUGGGCCUGUCUCCAGGGUCCCUGCUGCAGCAUUACCAGCAAUAUCAGCAGAGUUUGCAAGAGGCACUACAGCAGCAGCAGCGGCAGCUUCAGCAGAUCCAGCAACCCAAGGCGAGCCAAACUCCCGUUCCCCCUCAACCCUUGGGGGAUCGCAAAGAAUCUGCCAAAGAUCCAGUGAAAACAGAGGAGCAGAGGGGCAACCCCCAUAGCGAACCUCCCACUUCCUCCUCCUCUCAUAAUAAAGUUCCCUCUGAACAGAAAGAGAUGGAUGGCAAAGCUGUGGACCCCCAUCUAGACCAGUACAUUGUCCCCAAGGUGCAGUAUAAACUGGCAUGCCGCAAGUGUCAAGCAGUUUUCACCAAGGAAGAGGCGGCUAUUACCCACCUUAAAUCUAACUGUUUUUUUGGUCAGUCUGUGGCAAACCUGCAAGAGAUGUUGCUGCGUGUCCCUGGUGGCGUAGGUGCAGGGGCUGGAAGUCUCUAUGACUGCCUGGCUUGUGACACUACGUUGGAUGGGGAGAAAGCACUCAGUCAACACCUGGAAUCGGUAUUGCACAAACACAGAACAAUCAAGCGAUCAGCCAGAAAUGCCAAAGAGCACGCUACUAGUUUAUUACCUCACUCUUCAGCCUGCUUCCCCAAUCCUAACACCGCAUCUACCUCGCAGUCUGCCACUCAUCCCAUCAGCAGCCCCCCUCCCCCGCCAACAACAUCAGCCACCAUGCCAUCCUCUGCUGUCUCCUCUUCCCUGUGCUCCUCUUCUACUACCCCACUCAACACCACAGCUGCCGGCAAACCCUGGCCCCAGGCCCCUUUCUCCAGAGCUUUAGCUGGGAAGCCCAAUGCCAGUCCCCCCUCUUCUUCCUCCUCUUUUCCUCCAGUGUCCUCACCUUCAACGGUUACCUCAAGUUCAUUGAGCACCUCAGGAGUUCAGACCUCGAUACCAACAGACGUCUUUACCGACGAGUCUGACUCUGACAACAGUCAGAAGUCAGCAGACAGGCUGGGCAGGACAGCGGAGGAGCCGCAGCAGCCUGGCUUUGUCAAAGACAGUAGUAGUUGUAGUAGUAAUCUUGCUAGUGUAGGAACAGACUCCAUCAGAUUGUAAAAGAGCUUUCAGUGAUGGACAAUAUUUAAAAAACACUAAAAAAAAGACAAAAAAAUCACAAAUGGGAAAAACAUAAAAAGCAGCAAUGUUAAAAUACAUUAAAAGUAUACAAACCAAUUUCAGAAAAGAUGUGUAAAGACUAACUGCAAUUCCAAAGCUUGUAACCAAAAAUUUAAAUGUUAGUGGAUUGUUUUCCCAUAUCAACAUGCUGGUUUUCAUUACUUUCUUUCUUUUUUAAUCUUUUUGUUUUUUUGUUUUUUACUCAACUGAAAUACGUGCAUACUAAUGUAUGAGAACAGAAAAGAUCGCUGCUGUUACAGUAUGUUUUGGGUAAUGGCAGAGCAAUGCUGUACUGUGUGGACUGCCUCAAAACUGAAAAAUGGCCCAAGAACCCUUUUGAAGAAACAUAAGUCAACAAGCUGUCCCUUUGUUUUCUAAUAAUUUCUACUUGAUAGCACAGUCACAAAAAGCCAGUAUGUACUGUAUGGGAGAAUAGUCUAUCAGUUUUCUUGCUAUUUAAGCAUUCAGAUACCAAUGGCUUGCAAAAGUAAAAGAAUAAUGUAAUGUCUAUUUUAUUCUCAGGUCAACAGCUCACACAUGUUUUUUGUUACAGAAAUCCAUGUUUUACACCUUUUGUUUCCAAGAGGAGAUGAGUAUUUUUCUUUUCUUCAUGAACUUGAUUUCAUAAUAGAAAUCAAAUUUUAAUAAGGCAUUGUUUUGGGGCAUUCAAAAAGGGUAAAUGAUUUGUUGAUUUUAACAUUAGACAUUCGUUUUGAAAGGGGGGGAAAAUCACAGUCCCAUUAUACCCAGACAAGGAGAGCAUUGCAGGCAUAGUAACGGGCGAUAAAAACUGUUUUGAAUAAAAAAACAAAAAAAAAACAAACAAAAAAACAGCCUUCUGUAUUUAUGAUAGAUAUGAACAUUUUGGUGUUAAGUAGAUUGUUGCAUUGGAAAUGAAUUUAAACAGUAUGGUAGGUUGAAAAAACUUUGUGUACAUUUAGCUUUUGUAUUGUCCAACUUUAAGACGCUUCAUUUGAUGUUGUCUUGGUCAUUCCAAUAGACUAGAUUAUGGACAGGUAAUUUAUCUAAACUUUAUUUCUGUCUUAUUCUCAGCUUCCUGGGAAAUGUUCACCCAAAUGCCCCACCUGACAAGGCAGGAUCCUCUUUUAGAAUUAUUUAAAUUUUAUGGUUUGGUUGGUAUCACACUAACCAAAAUGAAAAAGAUCCUGGGUGAAAUACUGAAAGUUUGAUUUUAUUUAAUUUUUGUGUCACUUUUGUGCACUUAUCAGUGUCUGACUCCUUUUUCUCAUUCUACUUGUUCCUCCUUUUUGCACUUAUUUUCUCCGCUCUCCUGUGUUUGUAGAUGUGUACACUACAAAGCAGGUCUUUUGUUCAUCUAGUGUGGCUACAGUCUUCAUUUUCAUUUUUGUUGUCAAAAAUGAGAAAAGUAUACUAAUAAUAAUUCUCACGCUUUAAGACAAAAAGAAAAUCCAAAGACUAAACACUCUCACCAUUGGUGCAUAAAGAUGAGAAAAGAGGCUUCUUUAUACUUGAGAAUUUGUUGCUGUUUUUAGAGGAAAGAAAACUAAGUUUUAAAAGAUUAAGGAGUACGCAUCAGAGUUGCCGUUUUUGCUUCUUUGCAAGCAAACAGGUGGCUUUUUUACGUAAAUACCAAAAACCAAAAAGGGCCCUUGUCCUUGCUUUGUGGAGUAGCACCGUUACAGAGCCAUUGCAGUUUGUAAGGUUAUUAAUCUUUGUUUGACUUUUGUCACAUUCAAAUGUCCAUUUUUUUUUAAGAAAAUGUAUAAGGUCUGGUCUUCAAGGACAUGCGUUUUGCUGCUAAUGUAGAAUUUUGAAAGAAAAAAAGAGUACCUAGAUGCAUGCUCAUUUUGCUUUUGGCUAAGCUUUAACUAAAACAAACAAUAAACCAAUUUCUUGCCUCUGCAACACCUUUUUUUUUUUCUUGUUGCAAAAACGGAACUUUGAAGACUGUGAAUAUGUGUUCCAAAGGACAUUUUGCCGAAUUUCUUUUUGAACAGACCAAUGUUUAAAGCCAAUGAUCUAUAACGUUUGUAAAGAACAGUGCAUUCCAAAUAUCACAGUGGAGUUUUCUUAAGCAAGGACUGAUCCUGUUUCAUUCAGUUGCUUUUAAUUGUCACAAUCUAUUUUUUCUCAUUUUUAAAGUGACUGUAAACUGUUGUGUAAAUCUUUGCAUCAUUGGUUGCUGAACAAAGUGACCUCCAUAUAUCAUUUUUUGCUGGCAUGGAACGUUGCUGAAAUUCUCCAUCCAGUCAAGGUUGUUGCUGACUUGUUAAGCAAGUAAUAGUGGUUACCAAAAAAUGUAUAUAAUACAUCUGGUACUGAUGCAUUUCAUAGGUUUAGUAACACAUAUGUCAGUCACCAUACAACUAGUCUCAGAGGGAAAUGAUGGCUGUUUUGCUGAGGUGUUGUUGUCCUCUCCCUGGGAAAUCCACCAGUGACUUGUCCCGUAUGUCUGCAGGGUGCCACUUCCACACAUAGAUUACAGGUUUUUAAGGGACCUCUUCAUUCCAAAGCAUUAUUUCUGAAAUAAGUAGGAGGUUUUUCGAAGAUGUCCUUUGGUUUCAAACAAUUAGGAUGCUUUCAUGUCCAAAGACGACCCCCACUUCUUUUUAUUGCAAUGGAAAUUUGCAUAGGUAACCCCGCUGUCUCACUGAUGAUCUGUGAACUAAACAUUUAAGUCUUUAAACCAAAACCAAGACGUAUUUAAAUUUGUGACAAACCCCUUUUGGCCACUACUGUGUAGCUGAUAUAUUUGCCCCAAUGAAUACAAGGCACAAUCUCAGAAGUGCUUAAAGUGCUGUGUCUUUCAGACCAGUGUGAUUUGGUGUUGAUACUAUAGCAUGCUGGUGAAAGUCAGCAGAUUUGGUCUACAAGCUUACUGCUUCUCUAAAGUCCAGUUCCCUGAAAUACUGUUCAUAUGUAUUUGCUUAUUUUGGAAAAUUCUUAAGUUGUACAGGUUUUCUCAAAUAUUGUUUGCUUUAUUUUAAUAUUGUCAGACAUGUAUUGUUAUUUUCUUAUAAGUAUUUUAUUUUAGUUUCUGUAUAUUACUUUAUAUCAUAAAUUAACACUAGCUUUAAUUUGAAUUGCUGAAAUUAAGAAACGGAAAACAAAAAAACGACCUGGCCACUUUAUGGUGUGAUAAUGUUCUUUAUAUUCAUUGUCUCUGAUACCGUUUGCUCUCUUAUUUCCAAGUGUAAUCUUUUGGGCUCUUUUGUGGAAGACAAAGUUGCAGUAUCUACAUUAGAUUCAGCCAGCAUGGACUGUGUGUGAAUUUCUAUGUGUGUGUGUGUGUGUGUGUGUGUGCGUGUGUGUGUGUGUUUUAUAAGAGCCAGCAUCAAUUAAAUUUUUUCUUGUUUGCCUUUUUUUUAUUACACACCAAAACAAACUGAACCACAAAGGUGGAUUAUGAAUAACUGAAAUUUAGAAAAUCAAAUUUUAAAGGUAUGAUCAGAAAUGAGAAUGACGAUACCGAAGCACUGAGCAGUUUUUACUUUGAUUGAAUAUAUGAAUGUGGCCAAAGCUUUAUGCAGUUGAAACAAAAAGAAAAAAAAAUUACAAGUUGUGCCCUGGAUAAGUGUAUAUUUUAUUGUGGCACAAAACGCUACUGUGGGUCACUGGAUCCACUGACUUACAUUGGGAUACUUGAUUUUAAUGGACAUUUACAAAGAGAGAGAGAAUAAGGUUUUGCUGUAGAGGUCAUCUUUUGCCCACUGUGAAAACAAACGUGUACCUGUAUACAGAUAUAGAUAUAUUUAAAACAAGACAUCAACUUUUUUGCUUUUGAAAUGAAGAAGGAAUGAAAGAAAAUAAAAAGGACUCUGGGAAGCUUUGGAGAUCUCAUCAGGAGGACACGAGGGGCUGUGGGCACACCAAAACUGGGCAUGGGAGCCAAAGGCAGGAUCAAAACAGCUUUAAAACCACCUCCUUAUUUGAAUACUGACAACUCUGUAAUGGGAAUAGACUCUGGAACCAAUGGACAUGUGUGACACAGAGAGGAACGUCCUCAGAUGAAACUGAACUUAAGUGGCUCCAGCUGCCUCUUUCUCCUUUCUGUCUGUCUCUUUCUUUACCCAGCUCUGCCUCUGCUUCUGCUCUUUGAUGGACAUUUUCCAAAUUUCAGGACAGGAUGGACAGAGAUGCUUGCUUCAUUUCUCCCAGUUCAUGUUGCUAUCCUUUUCAUUUCCUUGUGCUUGUCUCUGGUUGACAAGUAAAGCUCUCCAGUCAAAUGGCGGCUCACCCCUCUCUCUGUUGAUUGCAUAAUCUAAAAAGAGAAGUGAAUAACAGAGAGAGGGGACGGGUUCUCAAAGCUGUCAUUCUUAAAGAGGCAGUUACACUAAAAAAGCGUAUUAACCAAAAUUAACAACCAAACUAACAACCAAACAACCAUUUGCUCCAACUUCAAAGAUGAACUGUUACUUGGAGCUUUCUGUUCCUUUUGUGACUUCUGGUGCCACAAUGUUUUUUUUUAAUGCUUUUAGUUUUUCUUUUUGUUUCCUUGAAUUACUCCUCCUUCGAGCCUCAUAAGCAUGGCUCUGUGGCUCCAGGCAGCCCAUCCGAGGGUAGAAAAAACAGCCUUGCAAUGUACAAAAAAGAGCAAGUUAAACCAAAAAUGUUGUUCUUGAUGUCUUUUCUAUACUGUAGUCUUGUUAGCUUUUUUGUUACUGUAAUUAUGAUGAAGAUUUCCAAACUGUACCAAAUUACAUGGAAACUAACAUACAUACAACCACAUGGAACUUCAGACUUUUAAAGAAACUUUUGUCACAGAACCUUGUUGUCCUAGUUAAGUUGAUUGUAGAUGGUAAUUGAAUAUACUCCUUUGAAAAUAUUUCAUCAAGUAUGUUUCUUGCUCAUUGUGAU